GAGUAUAACAGUCAUCCUCUCUUCUCGCAACAUAUACUUCCCGAUUCUUCAAGACCUUGUCCUGGACGUUCGCGACGCUUAACCGAAAAGCAAUUUCCGAAGAGCAUCUUAGCGGUCACGUGUGGUUCGUAUCCUUAGCGCGUUCCUGUGCAGUGUGAACGUUCAAUUCCUCUUUCCCUCCUCCAUCUACCUCCCCUUUUCUCCUCCCUUCCGAGACACCCCACCUUCUAUCCCGAGCGGCGCAAUAUCCGCACAGACGAAUACAAAAUUCUAAUCCAUUUUUGGCACUGACAAUACUCACGCUCUCUACUAACGAACAUCUUCUAGUAACGAUCAUCUCUUCAUCCUUGCAACUAUCCUAUGGCCGAGGUUCAGCCUACACAAGCGUUGCCUUCAUGGCUAACGUUAUCUUCUGCUGUAGUCACCGAUCCGAAUGGUGUUGUCUUUACCUCGUUUACCACUCUAACAUUGCCUCUCACGUAUUAUGGCCCUUCAAUUCCGCUCGGGACUGAUGGGGCAUGGACGUAUGGUGGUCUCACCUCACCUCCUUCCACUCCUCCUACCCCUACCCCCACCCUUACGGCCACUGCGACGCCUUCUCUCUCAUCCUCGUCUAUUCCUUCUAUAACUAGCUUCUCUUCCCCAUCCGACUCAUCCUCUUCGAGUAUCACUUCCACCCAAAGUAGCGUCACCUCGAGCUCACCACUACCUUCGCCAACUGCAAAUGGUUCCCGCGGUAUCUCCGCUGCCGUUCUCGGCGCGAUUCUGGGAAGCGUUUUGGGUUUCUUGCUUCUCGUCCUCCUCGCUUUCAUUAUAUUCCUUCUCUGUCGACACAAGCGCCGACGUGGUCCAGAUGGGCAGAGUUCCAGUUUCUGGAAUCGUUCCACGACGGUGCCAGGCGAUGAAGCAAACCGGGCGACACCUAUUUGGACAGGGUGGGAGAUUGUCGAACCUGGUGCGAGCCGCACCCAUGCCGAGGAAGGCCCAAGAACUCCUGGAGAAGGGUCACCAAGGGGCAGUGGAGAGGAAGCCGAUCCGUUCUUGACCAGACGGAGCAUCCAUAGUGGCACCGUGGCGGACGAGAUGGCCCAAACGAAGACUGGAACUGACACCCUUGUCAGCUUGCCUGCUGCUGCAGUUGUCGGCGGUGGCGCGACUCGCUCAAGUCCUCCGCGAGCAGGAGGCCAUAUUGUUCCUCCGGACGUCUUGAAUCGUAUGAUGUCGGACUAUGAGGAAGAAAAUACACCUCCGCCAGGCAUCCGGCUAGUUGAACCUUCACCCCCUGCCGCCGAGUAUUCGCCCUUGCUACCGCCACCCCGUCUCGAUCCUGAUGGCCUCAACACGACCGAUCUCCGGCCCCCUCGUGGGUCAGCUGGCUCACUGCAUUCCCAUGCUCAGUCUAUCGGUUCUCAAAAGUCUCUAGGCAGUUUCGAAUUUGAUCCGCAGGAAGGUGCUGAGCUGCUUACUGCACGCCGUGUUCGCGUAGGCGAGCCUGGUACGCCACGUACGAUCUCAACUCUUCCAUCAACAGAUCCUGAAGCUGGAACAAGUCCCUCUCGGAACACCCUGGGCCUUAACAAUUUGGGAGGCAGGCUUGGACGCCUCAGUUGGUUCAGACGCAUGUCCUCUGCAGGUCCUGCGGCACACUCGGAUUCACAGCUUGUGAUCCCAGCUGUAGAUCCAUACACACGUACUCCGCCUCGUUCACAUUCUCGACGUGACUCUCGCUCUCGGCCUAGUUCAUGGCGACCAUUAUCAGCUGACGCAGAAACAGAACAUGCAACAACGCCCACUGGCAACCGGAACUCCCAGCGGGAAUCCGGUUUAGGGUUUGGCUUGAACGCGUCGAGACCUAUUUCUAGUGUCAGUGCGAGGAGCGGCACGAGUGGGAACACUGUCUAUCACGAUGCGCUUAGUACACCGGCUAGUGAUAACUUUGACGUUCCGUCCACCGUUGCUGUUGCAGGCACACCCAUGGUAACUACCUUUUCAGAGUCUCAAGGAUCCAGCAGUACUCCUAGAGCUGGUGGCGGUGGGGCUUAUUCUAGCGUACCAACAGACCCUCCACCUUAUGAGUCGGACUCUACGCGCUCUGAUCCUACAGAGGUAGACAUUUUGGAUAUCCCUGCACCGUCACCUGCAUCACCAUUCUCGUCCUCCCGACCGGCGUUCCCUCCGGGUCUCGUUGCUCUUCCUACACCUCGCACAUGGAGGGACUCGUACUCGAGUAAUAACAGCCCCGUUACAGCGAGUAGCAGUACAGGAAUCGACAUCGAUGUUUUGGAAGACGAGCCUCCCCGUGCUCAACAGGGAUGGCGGUCCUUGGCUGGAGGCGCCGGUGAAGGCGGUAUUCGUGAUGGCAGGCGCACUACCUUUGGAACGCCUGUUGUUGUCCACCAGCAGUCCCAUACUUCGGAUGAAGCUUCCUUGCAUUCCAUGCGUUCUCACUUGAGUCCCAACGCUUCUCGUAGUCCAGCAGGCUCAGCGCCGGCGUCUCACCACACACUAACGGGUUCAAAUUCCUCACGGCCUUCUGCACAUUCCCACUCUCGUACGGGUAGCAGCGGUCUUUCCCUCUCCCACUCAAGCUCUGUCUCGGACUUUGAUCGAAGGCGAGCAAGGCGUGGUACCAGUGAUGCAGGUGAAGUCGCCUCUCCUCCACUCUCUGCUGUUUUUGGUGGUAGAUCAGGUAGAGGAAGUAUGGGAAUGACCGGCAGCCCGCCGAGUAGCCGACCAGCGUCACCCCUUUCGCCUUUGUCGCCAAGAAGUCUAGUCCCACAUUCUAUCAUGCAUGAUGUGUCUCCGUCAUCCUCCAGAACACCGUUGUUAGCGGGAGAUGCACAGGAUGGAACAGUCAGGUCUUCAACGAGAACGAAUGAUACGAAUACAAACUCGAGCAUGACUACGGCAUUGACGGACCCUAUCACUGGCGCCGUCUUGCAUUUCCCGAGCUUGCCAUGGCGUAGUACGCUUGAACGAGAUCGUGAACGGUCUUGGCCCGAAGGUCCUGGCCCCGACGAUAUGUGGUAGUCAAAAGCAGGCGGUUUUUUCUUUGGUUUGCUGGUCUUAGAAGAUCUCUUCGUUUUCUAGAUCUAUUCGGGGGGUCGCCGACGUCAGGUCGGCUGUUUUGUUUUGAUCCUGCUGUCAUAGAAUAUCUGACGUUCAUCUAUUCCUCUUCGGUACAUCAUCUUCACUUUCGCCAUUACAUCCUCCAUUCUUGUCUUCCAUUCACCCGCAUCCUCAUGUUGUAACAUUAUUUUUAUUCUUUUGCGAUACCUCCUGCGAUACCUUUUGCUUCCUUCCCUUUUGACUCCCGCUUUCGACACGAUUUGGAUUUCUCUGCUCUCAUCUCCGAGCUUACGACAUCAUCUAUGACUACGACACAUUACGACCUCGUUAUAUGAUUUCUGUCUGACCAUCUUAUAUUUUCUCCGGUAUCUCACCAGCUGCUCGAUCACACAACCUACCACAUUCAAGUUCACAAGAUGAGGGCGUGAACGUUAUUAAUGCUCGUUCCGGUUCCUUUGCCGUCUUGUGCGUCGGCCUUGGAACGGUUGCGAGUCCAUUGUUAGCUGUCUGUCAGGACUCUUCAGGAGUACAUGGCUCGUCCAGGUAGUCAAUAGGUUGCCAGACACUUGUCUCACCUCUAAUGCUUCUGGAAUGGGUGUAUUGUACGUAUCUCGUACUAGAGGACUUUCGGAUUCAUUACGUCGUGAAAAGCCAUGGCUCGAAAGCCUGUGGUUCUGACUAGACAUUGAACGAUAUAUACAAAAGUACUUGUAUGACUCAUUAUGAAAAACGAACUGGCGCAUUUAUAACCUGGC